CGUUUCUGUGUCGUUCAGAGCACCUCCAUUUUUCGCUUGGAGACAAGAGAAGCCGCCAGACACAGCCCCUCGCGACCACCCCACCAGACCAUUAUCCUUUCCACAACCCGCGUCGAUCCAGACAGAGCAGCCCCGCGACUGCUCCCCCGCCUUCUCUCUCUCACCAUCGCCCGGCGCGACUUGAAGAGCCCCUCCCCCACGCCAGACUCACACCCCAACAACCUCUCGCACCUCCACACACAACCACACACACUCUCCCACGACUUUACCUCGACUACGUAACCCCGCGUCUUCUCCACUCGAAUUUCACACAUACUCACAAUGGCCGACGUCGCUACUGCACCGAAUCCUCAGGAGCCAGUCCCGCUCGACACAAUCCCCAUCUCGCCAGUGGGCGACUCAAGCGAGGGCACACAGGAAAAGUCGUCCACCAGCGACUCCACAGCCGAAGGCGAUGUCCGCACCGUCUUCCACGACCCCGAGAACUUCAACGUCAAGCACCCUCUCAUGAACACAUGGACGUUGUGGUUCACCAAGCCUCCUAGCGGCAAGGGCGACAAUUGGGCCGAGCUACUGAAGGAAGUCAUCUCAUUCGAUUCCGUUGAGGAGUUCUGGGGUAUCUACAACAACAUUACGCCAACAUCGGACCUGGCGCUCAAGUCCGACUACCAUCUCUUCAAGAGGGGUGUGCGACCUGAGUGGGAAGACUCACAGAACAAGCAUGGUGGCAAGUGGGCGUUCCAGUUCAAGGACAAGAAGGCCAUCAACAUCGAUGCCCUCUGGCUUCACGUCAUGCUGGCGGCCAUCGGCGAGAACCUCGAGGAUGAGGAGGACAACGAGGUCAUGGGUGUUGUCGUGAACGUCAGGCGAGGCUUCUACCGUAUCGGUCUCUGGACCCGAACAGUCGGCCGUGCGGCCAACGGCGAGGGCAAGAGCAGGACGACGGAGCAGGGCAAGGCUGCUCUCGAGAAAAUUGGAAAGCGCUUCAAGCAGGCUCUCCAACUCAAGGACAACGACGUUGUCGAGUUCUCUGGCCACACUGAUGCCGCACAUUCUGGCAGCACUCGCGCGAAGGCCAAGUUCACUGUCUAAGACAUCGGCUGCACGACUACCCUCACGGGCAUGUAGCAAAUUGGAUGCAGACGAAUGGCCUUGCAGUACGUUUUCCCGUCGACCUUGGGCAUUAUGGUGCGCUCCAUGACUUGGAUCGAGUCGAUUUAUUUAGUCCCUGGUUGGGCCGAAAAGCAUUUCAUACCGGUACAUGAUCAAAGAUCCUGGUUUCUAGCAUGGCGUCUGCAUGGGGUGGCGAUAGGUCAUAUUGGGUUUUCUAACAUGAUUCAUCUGGCCAUAACGGGUUAUACCUGGACUCGGAUGGUGGGGUCCUG